AUGCAAUGUUUGUUUGAAAAGAUUCUCAGAAAAAGGCAACUUGACUGUGCAUUCCUGACUUCAUUCAGGUAUAAAACCUUUCAAAUGCAAUUAAUGUGGAUUAAGCUUUAGUACAAGAGGAAAUUUGAUAGACCAUUAGAACAGACUAUUAAAAAAGACGUAAGUUAUCAUAGCUUUAUCUUAUUUAGUGAUUUCGAGUGUGAAAUUUGCUUAAAAGGUUUUUAUCGUAGAUUUGAAUUAAAAAAUCACAUCAGAAUGAAACAUGGUAGUACUGGACAAAUAUUGAUGAUGCAUGUAAAUAAAAGACGUUCACAUGAUAUUGAGAUUGAUUAUGACAAAGAGGUAUUAAAAUCUUUUCUCAAUAAGUUCAUUCAAAGCCACUAAAGAGGCCCCUUUUGA